CCCUACAAAGAUAUACGCUCUGAGCCCGGAUAUACCAGGACCUAGGUUGUGGUGUUUCAGGUCAGAAAGGUGGCAGUCUCUUCUUGCACAGAGCACCAAUAGGCUAAGUGGACGUCUUACAUGUAUCUGGCACGUCCACGGUACCUACAGCUGGCCAACCACCGAGUGCGAAUCUUACAGUGGGCAUAAUCCUCACUUGUGCGCUGCGCUUACAUCGGGUAAUCCUUCGACGUGUCUGUCAAGAACAGGCACUGUAGGCAUGCCCACCAUCAAUCUCCCCGCCGGCAGUAGCACGCAGUUGGAGCCACGUCCUGCACAUCAGCAUCAUCUGCGAUCCUUUGCUGUCGAUGCAUAUUUGGGCAUUGCUGUCACUCUGGUUAUCGUCUCCAUUUGGUGUUUCAAACCCCGACGGAGAUCAUCAACACCUAGUUCGGCGAGUUACGGGAGCCAGCCAGACGUCAAGGAAAUCAAGGCGUCGUUGUGCUGUGCAAAGCUUGUUAGGCCAGAGCUCACGGAAGGAUCAUAUCCAAAGGAGUCCAGUCAAUACCUAGUGCUCGCCACGCCCUCCUCGGUGAACGAACUGUCACAUCCACUCUCAAGUGCAUACACCAAAGUCCCGCGCGCGUCUGAGCAUCUACAGGCGAUGGAUGGCCAUGACAAAGGUCAACUCAGCGAUCGAAGUGAUCCCGAAGCAACAGCAUCACUUGCUGUCAACAAGAAGGCCAAGUCAACCUCAAGUUCAAAGUAUGAGGCAUGUCUCUGGCCGCAAGCGUCUUCCUCGGUUUCGAUGACAGGGAGUUCGACUCCCGAUCGGCUCCGGAAACAUAUGCCACCUCCCAAGACCUCUACCAGUACCGAAGGAACAACCAGCUCAGGUUCAACGAGUAGGGAAGAGGGGAGGGGAAAAGAACAUCUGCAGACACAACACCGUCAGAUAGAUGGGAUUGGGACGUCAACUGCGGAGUCUCUGAGCUAUGAUGGUGUUCAGAGGCAAGAUGACGGGUUGCAUGGUGUGUCUGUUGGUGAACCUAGACUGCACUUCACAAGACCUCCACCUCCGCCACCUCUGACACCGCCAACUCUCGACAAGACGGCCUUCGCCUUUCAAGAUCGUCGGCCCACCUAUGCUGCAUCAGUUCCACGAGGUUUGGAUGUAAGCUUUAUCCAUCAGCCUAAUCCAGACUACAUCGGUCACACCUCGUCUGUUGAUAUCCUCAGCUCGAGUCCUGCCGAGGCGACGGGGAUACCGCGUCGAAGAUCAUACACGAAGAGCGUGCCGGUUGGCAUACCUAUACCCACCAGCAGCUUCUCAUCAUCAACUGCAACUACUGUAACAUCUUCGUCAGCAUUUUCUCCAUCCAGCUAUCCGUCAUCAUCACCACUGUUCCCGCCACCUCCACCAGUUCCCCAAGACUAUCAAUUCGUUGGAGGACAUGUGGGACAUCGCGCUUCGGUCGGCAAUCAGCACCAGGACGAAAUCGAGGUUCAUGGGGAAAUCAUAUCUGUUACCGAUGACGAUGGCCACGGCUGGCAACGACACACGCAAGUGUAUGGUGGGGGUGUCUGCCUCGCAUGUCUUGCAAAUGGAGGCGGAUUCUAUGGUCCCAAUGUGCCACUCGAGGAUCGACGAUAUUAGCCCUGCUCCAGGCUCACCGGGAAGCCCAUACCAAAUGAAGUCCCUUUUAGGUUUUGGAGGUAACCAGAGCCUCAGCCGCCAUGCACUGCAGGCAUCCAAGCACAUGGAAGACCGCACACUGUAUCCAGCGCUCAGUGGGG